GAGCGGUGGCGACAAUGCCGGCUCGCUGUUUUCGCAAUUCACUGGGAACCCCUUCUUCACAGCCGUACGAUCGAUUCUGUGCUGGCUCGCUGAGAUGGAGUGUGCUCACAAUAGCCACAGGGCUUUGGCCUCGCUGCGUUAGGCGUCGCUGCGCGAACGGGACAGAAAGGACUCCAGCAUGGCGCCGCUUUCAUACGGAGGCGAAUGCUUAUCGAUCUCGAGAUUACUCGCCACGACGAUGCCUACCCGUGGCUCCUUCAAUGGAUGACAACGUAUCACAGGGCGCAGAUGAACGGCGCCCAACAGAUGACAGGCGCAUCGCCUGCGCCAAACGGCCUUCUUACGAAGUUAUUUAACCGCAUCGAUCCACGCAUGCACCAUCUUCAGGUGCGAACCUCCGCGCCCCAGGACGGUCCCGCCCUCGCUGCGCACUUCUCCUUUGUGCCUGGUCCUGGGCGGCAUUUUAUGCGCUAUAAGAAUGCGUUUCUGCUGGUAGAUCGCCAACGUACACGCGACGCUUUCGACAUGCGAGACGGUACGCCGUUCGAAACGAUCAGUCUGACAACCCUGUACAGCCACCGCGGCGUGUUCGAAGACAUAUUCGCUGAAGCGCAUCAACUGUACCAGCAGUCACAAGAGGGCAAGACGGUCAUCUACAAUUCUAUGGGUACUAGCUGGCAGCCGUUCGGCAACCCGAAGCGAAAGCGCCCGUUGGAUUCAGUGGUUCUGGAGGCAGGCGUGAAAGAGAGAAUUGUCGAAGACAUGGAAGCGUUCAUUUCCUCGCGCGCAUGGUACCUUGAUCGCGGGAUACCGUACAGAAGAGGCUAUCUGCUUUACGGUCCUCCGGGUACUGGGAAAAGCUCGUUCAUUCAGGCUGUGGCCGGACAUCUGGAUUUCAACAUUGCCAUUCUGAACGUCAGCGAACGAGGUUUGACCGAUGACCGCCUGAACCACCUGUUGACCAACGUGCCACGGCGGACUGUUGUGCUCCUCGAAGACGUGGACGUUGCGUUCAUGAAUCGCAAGACGCCAGGAGCAGAUGGCUUUGCUAGCGCGUCUGUGACAUUUUCCGGACUACUCAACGCUCUGGAUGGUGUAGCUAGUGCUGAGGAGCGCAUCAUUUUCUUGACGACUAACCACGUCGAGAGACUGGACGAAGCCCUAGUGCGUCCUGGACGCGUCGACAUGACCGUAAGACUUGGUGAGGCUACAGAGCAUCAGAUCGAGCAGCUGUGGGACCGAUUCUACGCCGAGUUCGAUGUCAGCGGUGAAGCGAAGCAGAGAUUCAUGACCAAGGUCAAGGAGCUAGGACUCGUGGACUCGGUGAGCACAGCAGCGCUGCAGGGUCUCUUUCUGUAUAACAAGGACGAUGUCGAGGGAGCCAUCAGCAUGGUCUCGGGCCUCACCGCUGGUCACAGUCGACGUGAAGGCCAGGUGGGCAUCCCUGGACAUGUAGAUGUGAAAUGAGCGGGGCUGAAGCAUGCAUGACAUCACACCGGACUGUGUCACUACGCCUGGCCUUGUUCGCACGAUUGUCUAGUGUACAAUAACUGUACUUAGAAAUGUUAGAGCGCUUUAAGCGACCUGCAUGUCAAAUUUUCUUCAUCACAGGGCCCGAGGGGCAGGGUUGCGGC